CGGUCAGCUCCUGCUACCCUGCCGUUGUCAUCGUAUCAUCGGGCUGUGUGUGGUACGUACCAACGGCUUUGACUUUGAGUGGACGUGGAGUUCCGGCAAGUGUGGGCGGCGCCCGUUUCCGGCUGUGUCUGGUUGUUCGCCCUUUGCCGAGUGAGUUUGUCUGUCCACGGCUGAUUGCCAAAGCGAGGUUCGUCCGGCGAGAGAAUGUCCCGGCUUGUUUUGACGCGUCGAUGCGGUCAGGUAAACUAUAUGGUUCCUUGCUUUGUGCUUCCUAACCCACGCGUCUUUCUUCGUUCUUCCAUCAUAUGUAGAAGAUCAGACUUCUAUCGCAAGCCCCAUGAGAACGGCCCUCCAUCAAUCGAGCUGUCAAAAGCCGAACUGACUCAGGCCUUAACACCACCCUUUGUUUACAUAUCAGCCGGACACGUAGGGCUUCAGACUACCAAGCCAGCAUACAUCAUCCGCCUGUUGCUAUCGUGUGGUGGCAAUACACUACGCGUCGUCUACGCAACGAAGCGAGACUAUAACAUGUCUACCAUCCCGAGCCAGGCUUCCUCGCCACUAACCUCACCAAGUCUACAACCGGAUAGCAAGAUGACAGAGAUGGAGUCUCCCAACCCGAGUGCAACAUACAACGUCGCAAUGCACGAACAUCUCUUCUCCUCUUGCAUACUCAGGAAACAGAGCUUCGAUAUGCCGAGCGCGUACGUCUCCGACGAAGACCUCUUCGGUGAUGAUCUUGAUGGCUUUCUUGAUGGGCCGCCCGCACCACCUAGGCCUGCAGAUGCCUAUCUCGCGCAGCCUCUGUUGCCUCCUGUGACCAAGGACAGGCGAAGGAGCAGCAGCAGCCAUUACCAUGCGAAGAGCACUAAGUACCGUAGCUACUCCAAAGGUUGAACGAGCGACAGACACAUACCUCAAAACUCGUUCUUCCGACGUGGACCAUCGUUAAACAACAAGGACCAAAACCGAGGACCAA